UUAGACUUGGAGGCAUUGGAGCUUAGCUAGGCUUCUCCAUCUUAUAUACAGAUCCAGCACCCGCGGCGCUAUAUAUUCAUUCACUCUUCUCUGUUUAUUUAAUAUAUACUUCGUAUAUAGAUAUGGAUUUGGAUAUCAGGGAUUGGAACGAACCGUUUCAUGCUGCCGGUUCGGGUCCGACUUCUCCUGGAAUAGCCACCAUGACUGGCCUACCGCCGCGGAUGGACGGUGUUUCAGCAGCCCCCUUUGAUCCAAUUGAUAUGGUUUCUAAUUGGAACUUGCCGCGCCGCCAAGAGGCGGCUUCCAGAAUGGCGGCGGAUUCCAUGGCGGCUCGUUCCGGUCCGCUAGCUAGACUGCCAUGGAACGGCGGGUUGUCAAGUGGAAUUUCCCAUUCCGGUCAAGAGGCGGUAAUUCGACCCCGGUUUGUUUUGGACAGAGACAUCGCCGGUUUACCGGGAGAUUCGUGUGAAUUCCGGGGAAUCGGGCCACCGCCGGCCCGCGGCUCUCUGGAACCGCUCGAUUGCUUGUUUUCUACGACGAAGAGCACCACCGACGCGUCCGCUGCAGACGACGGCAUUUCCAUGCUUUUCUCGGCCGAUCGCGAGAGGUUGUGGUGCCUUAACGCCGGAAAUGCGGUUUCGCCCGGCGAAUCCGCCUGCCUCGAUGAUUCCGUCGCCCGAACUGUCGCCGUUACGGGAGCUGUCCCCUCCUCCGACUACAAUCUCGGUUCGGAAAAUAUCCAACCGAAAGUGAAGAGAUGCAGAACAGACAGCCGGUGCCAGAGCUCAUCGAACAUCAAUUUUCAGCAGCAGAGCUCGUCGGUUUCGUCCAUCGAGGAGCCGGACUCGGAGGCGAUAACGCAGAUCAAGGAGAUGAUCUACCGGGCGGCGGCGUUUCGGCCGGUGAAUUUCGGGGAGGAAGUGGCGGAGAAGCCGAGGAGGAAGAACGUGAGGAUAUCGACGGAUCCGCAGACGGUGGCGGCGCGGCAACGCCGCGAGAGGAUCAGCCAACGGAUUAGGGUUUUGCAGCGGUUGGUACCGGGCGGGACGAAAUUGGAUACGGCAUCCAUGCUCGACGAAGCCGCAAGUUAUCUGAAAUUUCUGCAGUCCCAAAUCAAAUCCUUGGAAGCGUAUGGGAAAAAGCUCGAAUCGUCUCCAUCUUCAUCCUCAUCGUUCAAUUUCAACCCCCAAACGUCUUCAUCUUUACCCUUCAAUAACGUCUCCAUCCCCAUGAACCCUAAUUUCAACCUCCAUAGCUGUAAUCCGAUGCAGCGGCCCAGCAGUUGAUAUUCAAGUCUCUGUAUCUUAUUUUUCGCUGCUAAACUCAGGUCAACUUGGUGUUAAUCUCUUUUUGUCAGAUUAGGCAAGAGAUCAAACAGAAAAUUUUAGGAUUGUAUAAAUGAUUUCCUUUUAUGGAUUUUUUUGAGAAUAAAUUCCGGCAGUGAUUAGCAGUUUGUAUCAACCUCAAUAUCAUUAAUUAUGGAUGUCCACAUCUAUCAUUAUCAUGGUUUAUUUAUUUCGCUGUCCG